GGAUGGGGGCCGGCGAUGCGCCCCGGUCGGAUGUGGAACGGCACUAGCCGGUCCGCCGAUCGGCUCGGGGCGCGGACCGACGCGGAUCGCAGCGGCGGCCCAAGCCCGGGCCUUAGAAACGCUCGCGGAGACGCCGUCGCAGCGAUUGUGGACCACAGCGCGCGCCGUGUCACGUAUCUCCUCCCAAUUGAUCUCUGUGGACUGCUACUUCUUAAUGAUGAUGAGACUACAAAAGCUCUAUCUUCUGGUGGUAAAUGUUCUGCCCUUGAUUCCUUAGACUACUGCAAACGGUGCUAG